UUUACGGUAUAUUAUGUUAUGUAACAAUCAUUAGAAGUCUUUCUUUGUUCCUGUACUCUAUCAAAUGGCAAAGAGAGUAUAAUGUGUAUGGCAUGACAAGGGUUACACCUUCUUUGGUGUUCACGUAAAGUUGCAGAAUGCAAGUGAUACGGAAUAUUCCGGAAAAGAAAAACUUAGCCUUUGGGCUUUUAGACAUUGGGAUUUGUUUAGCUAUUUUACAGCUGACAAAUGUAAACAACCCAUCCGACAAUGAAUCGUAUAAUGAAGAUAGUUUUAUUGGGGGACCAAUGGUUGGUAUUAUCCCAUAUCAACCACUUCAACAAAGACUUCAUUUCCAAGAUAUGAAAGUGUUGGAUGAUUAUGAAUAUGCGAUGUCAACAUACAGAUCUAUAAUUCGGGAUGUGCAGACGCGAAUACCCACUGCAAGUGUAAGCCAACAGCAAAAUAUUAAUAACGUCACUGCAAUGAUGCUGAGAGUUGGAAGGACCUCAAAUGCAGUUGAACGUAAUUCUGAUACUGAACAUAGAAAUUCUAACGUGUCAAGUUUUCCUGUUCUGGAUGAAAACAGAGAAAGUUCUGGUUUAAACUACACUGUGCCUCGGUUUGAUGUAUUUAAUGAAACUCAACAAGAUGAAAUGGACACAAACAUUGUGGAUAAUGAUGUUUUAACACAGUUGUCACAAAACCUUGAUGAUGUGAGAUGGCGAUGCUACAUCAAUGAUCCAUCUGUUCGAGAAUGUUUAACUCUUCCUAUCAUGCCAAGUUCCAGUGCUCCACUGAAUUGUAAUGAAUCAGCCGAAUAUUAUGAAGGAGUUCAAACUCAUUUAGUAUUAAGUGAAGAAUUUGGUUCGAAUAUUGGAAUCCAAGAAAGUGAAGACUCCGCAUCUGACUUUAAUCCUUCUCCAAUUGUAUCUAACCAAAAUACUGUAAUGGAUACUUACAGCAAAAAUUCACUUGAAUAUGAACCUGAAGCAACAAUGUCUUUUGAUUACAAUAGUCAGAUAGAUGUCACAUAUUUAGAGGAUUCUGACAUGAUGCAAUUGAUGUAUCAACAAGAUGUAGAUCUUGGAUUCAGGUGGCCAUCAAGGGAUCCUGUGAAAAACUUGGACGAAAUCGAUGAAGUUUUAAAUAUGAAAAAAACAACAGAUGUCGGUGAAUUCUUUGUGGAUGGUGAGACAGGGGAACAAAUUCCGAUUUCAAAAGUGCAGAACAAUUCAAAACAACAAGAGCUUAAUGAUAAAGUUGAAACAUCACAAGCGGUGGAACCUUCUACUGAACCUACAUCGAGCUACUUUAGUAUUGAUGAAUAUCUUGAAAUAUUGAAUGAAUCUAUUGAUGAUAUACAACCACAAGUUGUUGAACAAACUAAUUUGAAUCAAAUCUCGGAAGAAUCUAUUAUCAUUGAAGAUUUAACUGAUCUUCUAACAGAUAAUGAAAACGGUAGCACAAUGGAACAAAAUAAUGCACAUUUAUGGCAAGAUAUGUCUGCCAUUCCACAACUACCUGGAAAAAGUUCAGAAGCUGAGGGGCAACUUGGAACAGUGAAUGUUAUAAAUACCAAUGUCAGUCUGACAAAUGCAACUGUGGAAUCGAAUCAAACAAACGAAAAUACUCUUCACCAACAAGGAACAAGAAAUAUAAACUUAGGAUACAAACCAGUUGCCUUUGAAAAUGAGCAACCAUUUGCUACACAACCUUACAAUGUGUACAAAACACCAGCAUUCAAUCCAACGGUUCCCUGUAAACCAUCUUUUUCAUCACCAAGUUACAACACGUCAUUGAAUGGUGAAGAUGGAAUACCUAUGGAUGGUUGCCUCUCACUACCCAUUGUGACAUCACCGCAGGGAUUGUUACACAAUCAAAUAAACAGUUAUCAGGCACCAAUGGAGACGGGAGAUUCCCCACCAUAUGAUGAAGUCAGCCCAGUGUUAAGUUUCCAUGGAGAACCAGGUUCUAUGUUCUUUGAUGAAGCAAAUGUGAAUGAGAUGCUUGAUGACAUCAUCAAUAUGAACUCAAUGAACCAAGUUUAUAAUAAUAGCACGGAAAGUGCUUAUUUGAACAUGAACCCUGCUGUGUUUGUUCCACCACCAUUGCAAGCCAAUCCACCUCAGAUCUCAUUCAAUGAUACAAAAUCACUCGAUGGCAGCACAAGCGACCAACUAAAGAUUUCUGAAACUUGUGAUUCAGAUUCUGGUGUUUCCAUGAGUCCACAUUCUUUUUACAUGGGACAUCAAAGAAUGGAAAGAGAUAGCAUUGAUAAUGUGCCUUCCAUAAAAUUAGAAACAUCUUUACACGAAACAUCGUUUGCAACAAACGCAUUGAAAGUGAUCAACCAUAACCACACCUAUGAUGGCACUGUUGGAAAACCAAGAAUCAUAAAAAAAAAACCUGACAAAUCUGCUUCUCAUAUUCGUGAAUCUCGUGACGAGCGCAAAGCUCGUGAGUUAAACAUCCCAUUUACUCUGGAUGAGAUCAUCAUGUCACCAGUGGAAGAGUAUAAUGAAAUGCUUGCUCGAACUCCUCUUACAACUGCUCAACAAACAUUAAUCAAAGACAUUCGAAGAAGGGGGAAAAAUAAGGUAGCAGCACAGAACUGCAGAAAAAGGAAGAUAGAAACCAUUACUACAAUGGAAGAAGAUGUGGAUGUUCUUCGUGGAAGGAAAAAUGAUCUUGAGAUGGAACAAGAUGAACUGGAAGCAAGAAAACAAAACCUGAAGUCACAAUACAAUGCGCUAUACCAGCAGAUAUUUCGUUCACUUCGUGAUGAAUCCGGUCGACCAUACGACCCAUCACUCUACACACUUGAGCAGGUAGAGGGCGCUGUUUUGCUUGUUCCACGAAAUCUUCGUAAUCGUGAUCACAACAACUCUGAUCAUGAGGAUCAUGUGGAUUUCACAAGGGUAAAGAUGGAAAAAAGAGAUUAGGGUUUUAAAGGUUGUUUUGUUGAAUUGAAUGCUGCCAUUCAAAAAUUUGCAGCUAAAGGCCAAACAAUACUAAACUUGUCAACUGUAAAAUAUUUUUGCAACAACAACUUUCUUGUUGUAUCGUUUAUUUGACUAUUUUUUGAUUCGGUAAUAUUGUUUAAGGAGAGUUGUGUUUAGUUUAAUCCAGUAAAAUUAGUAUUUUGUUGGUUUCGACAAUCAGCCAUGUAUAUAACUUUUGAUAACCUUGAUAUGUUUUAUAAAUUCCAAAUGGCUGCCUUUUUCAUUAUUGCAAAGGAUUUAUAAUUGAUCUAUUUUCGAUAUUAUUAAACUUUAACAUUAGUUUAAAGUUUAGCUUGAUUUUUUUUAAGCAUUAACAAACUUUGUUGAUCUAACUGAAUGUCAUCUUUUAGUAUUAAACUAGUAGUUUAUUUAAGACUGCUUAAACAUAAAUUAACUUCUUGAUGAAUUCGCUUUCAUUUAGUUCAUGAAAGAAGUUACAAAAAUUAACAUCUUCUCUUUUAUUCUUUUCUCUUGAACCAGUUGUACAUUUUGUAAAGUACAAACUUAAAAGACACAUAUUU